AUGACUGACACCGUGGUCAGCAACAGCUCUAACCGCUGGAUGUACCCCAGUGACCGGCCCCUUCAAUCCAAUGAUAAAGAACAGCUCCAGGCGGGCUGGUCCAUGCACCCGGGGGGCCAGCACGACAGGCAGAGGAAGCAGGAAGAGCUGACGGAUGAGGAGAAGGAAAUCAUCAACCGGGUGAUCGCACGAGCGGAGAAGAUGGAGGAGAUGGAGCAGGAACGGAUUGGGCGCUUGGUGGACCGCCUGGAGAACAUGAAGAAGAACAUGGCUGGAGAUGGGGUGAACCGCUGCAUUCUAUGUGGAGAACAGCUGGGGCUGCUGGGCUCUGCUUGUGUCGUCUGUGAGGACUGUAAGAAGAACGUCUGCACUAAAUGUGGAGUGGAAACCUCCAACAACCGUCCGCAUCCUGUGUGGCUCUGCAAAAUCUGCAUUGAGCAGAGAGAGGUCUGGAAGCGUUCUGGAGCAUGGUUCUUCAAAGGCUUCCCCAAGCAGGUCCUCCCACAGCCUAUGCCUAUAAAGAAGACCAAACCUCAGCAGCCUGAUCCUGAAUCUGCUGGCUCUGAACAGCACGCCCCCGAACCCAGGCCCUCUGCACGUGUUGCAGCUAGAGGUGAUGCUGAAGAAAGGAGCGGCCCAGGUCUGAAGCCCCGCCCAGAUGCGGCCUCUGCUCCUGGGAGAGGAAGCUAUGGGCCUCCAGUGCGCAGGGCCUCCGAGGCACGAAUGAGCUCGUCCGGCCGAGACACGGAGGGCCCCGGGACUGCGGGAGAUGCCAGUUGCAGCCCAGCAGGUUUAAGACGCGCCAACUCAGUCCAAGCCUCCAGACCUGCCCCAGCCUCUGUGCAGAGCCCAGCACCACUUCAGCCAGGGCAGACAGAGGUGACGCCUGGUGACCUUGGCUCUGCAGGGACCGCCGCCCCACCCAGGGAGGAGAGGACAGGAGGAGUUGGGGGCCUCUCGGCAGCUGGAGCCAGGGACGAGCGAGCAGCCCAUCCACCGGGCCCCCAUUCCCAGGUCUCUGCCGCAGUCCCACAGCCUGCUGGGACCCCUGCCCGCCAACAGCCGCCCCCGGAGGAAGAGGACGAGGAAACCAACAGCUAUGAUUCGGAUGAAGCAACCACCCUGGGCGCCCUGGAGUUCAGCUUACUGUAUGACCAGGACAACAGCUCCUUGCAAUGCACCAUCAUUAAAGCUAAGGGACUGAAGCCCAUGGAUUCCAACGGCUUGGCCGAUCCUUACGUGAAGCUGCACCUCCUGCCGGGAGCCAGCAAGUCCAACAAAUUGCGGACCAAAACCCUGCGCAACACGCGGAACCCUGUCUGGAAUGAGACGCUGGUCUACCACGGCAUCACGGAUGAGGACAUGCAAAGGAAGACCCUCAGGAUCUCAGUCUGUGACGAGGACAAAUUUGGCCACAAUGAGUUCAUCGGUGAGACCAGAUUCUCCCUCAAGAAGCUGAAACCCAACCAAAGGAAGAAUUUCAAUAUCUGCUUGGAGCGAGUCAUCCCCAUGAAGCGUGCGGGGACCACCGGCUCGGCUCGCGGCAUGGCCCUGUAUGAGGAGGAGCAGGUGGAGCGAAUCGGGGACAUAGAGGAACGAGGCAAGAUCCUGGUGUCCCUCAUGUACAGCACUCAGCAGGGUGGCCUCAUCGUGGGCAUCAUACGCUGCGUGCACCUGGCGGCCAUGGAUGCCAACGGCUACUCAGACCCAUUCGUCAAGCUCUGGCUAAAACCAGACAUGGGAAAGAGGGCCAAACACAAGACGCAGAUUAAAAAGAAAACUCUGAAUCCUGAAUUUAACGAGGAGUUUUUCUAUGAUAUCAAACACAGCGACCUGGCAAAAAAAUCUCUGGACAUCUCGGUCUGGGACUACGACAUUGGCAAGUCCAACGACUACAUCGGGGGCUGCCAGCUGGGGAUCUCGGCCAAGGGCGAGCGCUUGAAACACUGGUACGAGUGUCUGAAGAACAAGGACAAGAGAAUCGAGCGCUGGCACCAGUUGCAGAAUGAGAACCACGUGGCCAGCGACUAG